AUGACCUCAGGGGAGGAAUCCAUUUCCAUCGAUCAACUCGAUAGCUAUCUUGAAAUGUUCUAUGAGCAUGGCGACUUGACUCCGAAGGUCAAGGCAUCGUACUACAUCAUGAUGCUUUCGAAAAAUCCAGUCAAUUUGCAGUAUUUGGUUUCGCAUGAACAAUUAUUAAAUCUUUUAGCACGAACUCUCCGAGAAGAAGGAAAGAAGAGCAUGGACCUAAUGAUAAAUAUUCUCUAUGUGUUUUACAGUUUUUCUCACUUCUCCCAAUUUCAUGAAAUAAUUACAAAAUUCAAAGUUGGUGUUGUGGUUAUGGAAGCCAUUGCAUACGAAGAAAAACGAAGAGAAAAAUUAAUCCAAAAGAAAGAGAAAAAAAUAGAGGAGCAACGAAAAGUUGGAGAGACAAUUACAAAGCAAGAAAACCUACUCUAUGUUUGUUUUAGGAUUUUGUUGAACUUGGCGGAAAAUAUUGGGAUUGAAAGCAAAAUGAAAAAAAGAGGUCUCAUUUCUCACCUGGUAAAUGCAUUAGAUGCUGAAAGUCCAGAAUUGUUGUGUGUCUUGGUCACUUUCUUACGAAAAUUGAGUGUCUUCCAGGAAAGUAGGUCUGAAAUGCUUGAAGCUGGCUUGUUGCAAAAAAUUUCAUACCUCUUUCAAUUUGAAAACGCAAUUCUAUUGAAUGAGACGAUCCGAUUGCUGAUAAACAUGACGUUUGACUCCAAUUCCAGAAAAGCCGUUCUGGCUGUCACACCAAAAUUAGUAGAGCUAUUAAGAUUUCCUGACCACUUUGACUUUUGCAUCAAACUGCUGUAUCAAUUCAGCCAAGAGGAAGAGUUUUCAAGCUAUAGCUGCGCAACAGAGACGCUUCCAUUCAUCAUACUGGAGUUUGUCAUAGAAUAUCCUGGAACUAGGGUGGGAAAAGAGUUAAUUGCACUGGCAAUCAAUCUUUCAUGCAUAGAGGGUGUUGCAACAAAAAUGUGUCUCCAUAACAAAGGCCUUUCUCGCCUUAUGGAUCGACUUGUACGAACGAGAGAUCAAAACCUUGCCAAAAUGGUGAGAAAUAUUUCACAACAUCCUCAAUUGGGACCUCAAUUUAAACCAUAUGUGAACGAUAUUUUAGGAAUGUGUUCAAUUGCUGAAACUGAUGAUCUGUUGGUAGAAUUGUUGGGAAUACUUGGAAAUAUGAGUAAUUCAAAAUCCUUUUCAUUUUCACAGAGCUUUAGGCAAUACGAUAUUAUCACAUUUCUGUUCAAUUUGCUAAAGAAAGGGACAAAAACAAAAACAACCAUUGUCAAUACCUUGACCAAUGUACAAGGCGAAAAAGACGAUGACAUUUUGUUGGAAGCAAUCAUAUUGUUGGGAAAUGCCAUAUCGGAUGAGGAAACUGCUGCUCUAAUUGCCAAAUCUCCGAUUAUUCUCACUCUAUGCAACAUUUUCAUUGAAAAGCAAGAAGAUGAUGAAAUUGUUCUGCAAACUAUGUAUGCCUUUUACAAAAUGUUGCUGUUCAAUGCAACUAGAGAAGGUUUAAUGAGUCAACACCACAUCAUCAAGGUGAUUAUUGAAUUAUACCAAGAUGAAAAUGAAAAGAUCGCAUCAACAGCCGAAACAAUGUUAGACAUUAUUUCGGAAUGGGAUGAGCAAUGGACGGAUAUUAUCAAACGCAAGAGGUACUUCCUGUACAACCACAAGUGGCUUGAAGAAGUUGCUAAUUUACCAUUACCACAAGAAAUUGGACAUGUUGAUGAAGGAGUUCCAAUUCAAGAGAGUGAUGACCACGAGGAUGAAACAGCACACAUGGUUGACAUGAGUGAAAUCAGCGAAGAUUUGGAGGUCGGCACUUUACACUGA